GGAGGGUGUAAUGGCUGCCUUGCCUGUUGCUACCUGCCGCACGUACGAACAAGUCUUAAGUCUGAACGAUGUAACGGUUUUACAUUUCAAACGUAGUUUGAAAUUGUGGUUUGGUUUGGCUGUUUUUGAGGUGAGGUGAACGUAUCGAUCGUAACGGUGCACCCCCAGCUGCUCGUCAGGACGGGUUGAGAGUGCUUUGUGUAUGAUGGCGGUUACCGAAAGGUGAUGGCGUUGGAGGUUUCUGCCAGUCAGCCUGUGGCACUCAUCGACAAAUGACCAUCCUCCCUGGACCAGAAAUUGGAAUGCUGCUUCUUCCUUCAUUGUUGAAGAAUGCUCCUGCUACUGGCCUGAGCAGGACUCAUUGUCGAACAUGCUACUGCUGUGGGUGUCCCUGCGACAUCACUAUGGAGAAAUGGGGUUUGCCAACCGGUGUCACAGUGAGGAUUUUCUACGUUUCUCUGGACCUAUGCUGUUCCAGUCGAAGGUUUAUUUUAGGACAACCAACGGGAGUGGAGGUGGAGCAGCAGGAGCGAGCAGCUGUCAUGUUGCUGUUCCGAACCUUCAGUCUGUGGCCUUCCAGACAACAAGUUGCCGAACAAGAGGAUGAAGACUUCGCCUUGCUGAUGAAGAGGAUCAGCACGGCAGCUUGCAGAAGAGAGCGGAUCAACUGAAUGGGGAUGUGUUUGUUUGUGUGCCUGCUUAGCUCUUGCUUUAGUCUUUGCGGUCUGCAUAUUUUGCAUUGGUGGUUACCGCUUGGGUAUCUGUCUAAUUUGUUUUUUGUUUGCAUUCUUAUUGGGUUGCUUUUUCCCUGGUGGUGGCGCCCACUACUAUUGAUGACAUAUCAUGUUGUUUCUUGACCUGCUUUGGCAUAUGACUUGUGAAGUUGAUGGGCUUCUUUGUUGUGUUGUUUUGAAUGGUUGGCCUUGUAGCGUCAUGCUGCAUUUAGCUAUGCAUGGUGUUGCGAAACCAGCUUUGCUAUCUUGCUUAUCUGUCUGCUUGGACUCCUUUGGUGGCUUCCCCUUUCUUUUAUGGUGGCAGUCUUUUCUUUAGAUGACAUUUUUACCUGGUUCAUGUUGUAUUGGCUUGAAUACCAUCCUAGUGCUAUGCUUAACUGUCUGCUUGGACUCCUUUGGUGGCUUCCCUUUUCUUUUAUGGUGGCAGUCUUUUCUUUAGAUGACAUUUUUACCUGGUUCAUGUUGUAUUGUCUUGAAUACCAUCCUAGUGCUAUGCUUAUCUGUCUGCUUGGACUCCUUUGGUGGCUUCCCUUUUCUUUUAUGGUGGCAGUCUUUUCUUUAGAUGACAUUUUUACCUGGUUCAUGUUGUAUUGUCUUGAAUACCAUCCUAGUGCUAUGCUUAUCUGUCUGCUUGGACUCCUUUGGUGGCUUCCCUUUUCUUUUAUGGUGGCAGUCUUUUCUUUAGAUGACAUUUUUACCUGGUUCAUGUUGUAUUGAUAGUUAUUACUUUAUGGUGCCUGUAUGGUUCAAAGGCCCUGCCUAUGGAAACAAUGGGUGACAGUUCUGGUUAAAGUUUCAGUCGAUACCAGUGGGGUUUGAAUUUGCCUUUGCAUUUUGAGCUCAAGAUAGGCUUUAUUCAGUGUUUUUGAAAGGCCUGAUGAGUUUGUGUUUGUUUUUGAAAUGCUCUCAAUUUCAAUGCACAUAUUUGAUUAUUUUAUUUUUCUGACAUCCCCAUGUCUUUGCUCCCAUUAUGAAGGUUUUGUUUUACUAAUGGACUUCAUCAAAAUAGAACAUGUACUGGAGGCAUGACCCAUGUUUUCUGUGGUGGAGGGAUUUUGGAUUGUUUUAUUAUGUUGCUAGCUGCUGUUAUGUGGGUGAGAGGUGCUUUAGUGUUGAGCUUCCCUGUGGUGUGGUAUGGUAUAAAUUUCAUAUGCUUGUUCCCCUUUAGUUUGCUUUCUUAGUGUGCUUGCUUUUAAAUAAUCUUUUAUCCAGUCUUGCAUUGGGCCUUAUUUCCUAUGCCUCUUUGUAGCUCAUAAUCUCAUAAUAGAAAGCUUGCCCUGUUUCACUGGUAACAUCAUCUCUCCAUAUUAGUGUUGUGCUUGUCUCAUUUUAUAGACACCUUUUCUGCUUUUCUUGGUCUGUGGAAUCAAGGUUGUUACUGUAGUUGGCAGGGUUUCCUUCCAUUUUUUUUUCCACCAAAAAAAAAGAAAAAGAAAGAAAAGAGCUUGUCUUUCUGCAUUAGCAGUGCAUCAGUCGUUGCUUUGGGCUUUUUUUUUGGUGCUUUGUGGUCUGUUCUGAUAACGUCCUGUACUCAUUCCACUUGUUCUGAGAGCUCAGUCUCUUUUGCUUGCUUAAAUUCGUUUUGGUAUUGCUUUGAUAUGUGCCUUUUCAUAGCUUGUAAUCUUUUAUGGUUCUAUCUGAGCUUUGGCAGCAAUAGUUUGUGCGAGGUUUUCAUGGCUUUCUUGGACUCGUGUACUUUUCUGUUUCUGUCGAGCCUUGUGUGUUUUACUUUGUUGUGUGCAGAGGUUGAUGUGGUAGUGGAGCCUUUUUAUUUUUGGCAAGAACACUGCAUGGCAGGUAUUGUACCGGUCUUUGUUGAUGGUGUUGAUAGAACCAACGAGUAACCAUUGCACACUGUUCUCUCUAAUAUUAGUCUGUCCUGGUGGUUUUGUUUCGAGAGGCAGUGAAUAGAGUUGCGGGUUAGUGAGGACAAAGGACAGCCUUAAGCUGUGUGAUUGUGGGGUCAUUGUGGUUCCCUGAAUACUUCUGUUUGAGAUGGAGGAAAUGUUCAGCAACUGUCCCUCUUUAUUAUAAAUGAUUGUUUCUCGCAUUGAAACUAGUAUCCUUAUGUGUCUAUAUGGCUGGUUUUAAUUUCUAUUUUCAUUUAAGUCCUCUCAGGAUGUUGGCUGUUCCCUUUGUUUGUGUGUAAGUUCAUCAUGUGCAGUAAAAUUUGUUUUCUUUA